GUCAAAAAGGGCAUACAUUCUAACCUAAACGGCUAUUUUAUUAUUGUUUUUUUGUGUAAUAUACACGCCAUAAAGUGUUAACAAGUCCUUUAUAAAGUAGUUAUAUAAAGGGUAAUUGAAUUAUUUACUACGCCGGUUUAAGGUUAUUGUUUACAUAGUAUGUUUUAAACAUUCAAUUUGAAAAUGAAUUUGGAGUUAUUAGAAUCGUUUGGACAAAAUUACCCAGAGGAAUUUGAUGGUACUUUGGAUUCCCUAUCCAUCGCCCUAACCUGUGCCUUCAACAAAAGAGGCACACUCUUAGCGGUGGGUUGCAACGAUGGCAGAAUCGUUAUAUGGGAUUUUUUGACAAGAGGUAUCGCCAAAAUAAUAUCUGCACACGUUCACCCCGUUUGUAGCUUAAGUUGGUCACGAAACGGCCACAAAUUGGCCUCAGCCUCGACAGAUAACACCGUCAGCAUAUGGGACAUACUAACAGGGGAGUGUGAGCAGAAGUACCGAUUUCCCUGCCCCGUUCUAAAAGUGCAAUUCGAGCCUCGUAACAUGGAACGAUUGCUGGUGUGUCCCAUUAAACAUGCUGCUGUUUUGGUGAACACCAAUGGGGGGCAUGAAGUGAUACCGGUUGAUGAAGAUGGUGAUUUAAACAUUGCAGCCUCGUUUGACAGGAGAGGCGAUUACGUUUACACGGGAAAUGCAAAGGGAAAAGUUUUAGUUCUGGAUUCGCGAACUUUGGAGGUUAAGGCUAGUUUUAGAAUUGUUUUGGGGACAUCUAGUGCUACCGCCGUUAAAAGUAUUGAGUUUGCGAGAAGGGGAGAUUGUUUUCUUAUAAAUACCGCCGAUAGGGUUAUCCGAGUUUACGAUAGUAAGGAAGUUUUGGCGUGUGGUAAAGAUGGGGAACCUGAACCCAUACAGAAAUUACAAGAUUUAGUUAACAGGACGAUGUGGAAAAAAUGUUGUUUCUCCGGAGACGGCGAAUACAUCUGCGCAGGCUCGGCGCGACAGCACGCCCUCUACAUCUGGGAGAAGGCGAUAGGGAAUCUGGUGAAAAUCCUGCACGGCACCAAAGGGGAGCUGCUAUUGGACGUGGCCUGGCACCCGGUCAGACCAAUCAUAGCCAGUAUAUCGUCGGGUGUUGUGAGUGUUUGGGCGCAAAACCAAGUGGAAAAUUGGUCGGCUUUCGCGCCCGAUUUCAAGGAGUUGGACGAAAAUGUCGAAUACGAGGAACGCGAAAGCGAAUUCGAUCUGGCGGAUGAAGAUAAGUCUGUUGCUAGUGGUGGGGAUGAUAAGGAAGAUACAGAUUUGGAAGUGGAUGUUUGCGCUGUAGAACCAGUGGCUGCUUUCUGCAGUUCGGACGAGGAGAGUGAGAACGAGAAUUGUCUGCAAUUUUUGCCCAUUGCUCCUGAAAUUGAAGAUCCGGAAGAUAAUUGGACCGCCACCGAUUCGAGUAUUCCGCAGCCAAAUCAAGGAAACGGUCCGCCGCCUCCCAAAAAGAAAAAAUAUAAAUCGUUUGAUAUUGCACUUGAACACACCAGUGAUGGAGAAGUCCAUCCAUUGUUAAGUAACAAACCCAAGGAUAAGCAGCCGGGGGUGGGCAAAAAAGGAGCGGGACGACCUAGGAAAUAAGUUUGUUGUAAUUUAAUGAGAAAAUAAAAGUCCAAUAUUUUGUC